CGCCAACACACAAGCGUUGGUCACUCUGCUCCUGCAGGCCACCGUACUUCAGUUCUGUAUCCUGGCUAACGGCUAGCUGGCUACAUCCUGGCAGCGAUGGCCAUGCUGUCAGAACAGUUAGAGAAGGUGAGAAGUCAAGCAGAGAAGUGUUUAUUUACACCAGGUUCAGCACAGGAAAUCAGGACAGCCGUGUCUUCCAUGGCCAUGGUCCCACUCCCCCCUUCGGCCAAGUACCUGUACAUUGCUGCCGAAGCUAUGGUGAUUGAAAACGGCAGUGGAAGUAGCAGGAAAGAGGCCAUGAGCUCUUUGCAGAAGCUCUCCACAGCUCUUAACAUCCUGGAGAAAUAUGGCUCCAACCUGACCAGCCCUAACCGACCCAAGUACUGGCGCACAGUGAAACACAACAACCCGGUGUUCAGAGCCACAGUGGAUGCUAUUCAUGGUGGACGAGCUGUACUGUGCCUAUAUGGUUACACCAAUCAGCAGCCAGAUGGUCUGAGCUUUCCAGAUGAAAUCACCGAACCAGACAUUGCAAAGGUGGCGGCAGUGACCCUCGAAGUUAUGAGUUUGCGUAUGGAACUGGACAUGCUCAUCAAGGAAGUCCACCCGCAUGCCGGGUUCUUUGAAAGAAUUGUCCCCUCCCUUGCUCAGAAGCAGAACGAUGAUGAAGUCACCACAGAUUCACCACUGGAGUCUCCAUCUAAUGAAAGGCCCUGGGAGAGGCAGUCUCUGACUUUGGGCUCUUUCUCCCAACCCAAAGGCCUGCUCUCUCUCUCCUCUCUCACCCCUGCCAAGCCAACAGCUGUCUCUCUGGAAAACUGCUGCAUCUGCGGAAUAUUUCCCGUGGCUUCCCACUGUACCACGUGUGCCCAGCGCCUGUGCUCGGAAUGUGACCAACUUUAUCACUCCCACCCAGGACGGGCCAUGCACAGCAGGGUUCAGGUGGCAUCCUCCAGACCGUCAAAAACCAUCAGUGCAUCACUGGCCACGUGGCAGUGUUCCUACUGCACUACAGUCAACACCAUGAAGCAGGUACUGUGUGAAACCUGUGAACGACCUCGUCUGGCCACCGGUGCCCCUUCAAUGCAGGAAGAGCCGCAGCAGCCCUCUACUAUAACUGAGUGGCAGUGCAAGAGCUGCACUGUGGUGAAUGCAGGCAGCAGUAUUCUGUGUGAGGUGUGUGAGCGCCCCCGUCUGGCUACACGUCCGCCUGUCACCCCUUCACGACCCAACCCAUCUACCACAGAACCCCUGAACAGCCAGUGGAUCUGUCAGUUUUGUACAUAUGCCAACCACACGCCAUCUUCACGCUGCGAAAUGUGUGACCUCGCCAGAUCGGACCCCGCCCCAUCACCCUCCAAAAUACUUUCAUCUUUCCCAGUCAAGGACUUCACAUCGCUGCCAGUCAAACCUAAACUCACUGCCACAGAGGAUCCUGAUAUAAAGAGGCAGAGACUAAUGCGGGAGGAGGGGCUAAAGCUGAUUCAGAUGAUUCGGGAGGGUGAAAUGAAGGGUGUGAGCCCAGAGGAGCUCUACACGAGUCUGCGGGUCUCAGGCGGCAGCAGCAGCAGCAUUAGUGGAACCCCCUGUGACUGGGUGAUAACAGAGCUUCCCCACAGGCUGGAUGAAAUCUGUGCCAUGGCUGCCUCUUUCCAGCACACUCCCAAACCACUCCACUCCACACUCUUCAACUGCGCUGGUGAGGACGGUGGCCUGGAGGCCCAAAAGAGCGGCGCGGUGCAGUUAUCCAGAGCCGAGGCAAAGCAGGCCUGGCUGACAGCAGGGGGAGAUGCUGAGAAAGCUGCGAGACAGGCGCUGAGGAACCGCCGGGCUAAAGUGAAGGAGCUGGCUUCUUUAGGCUUUAAUGACUCAGCUGCAGUUGAGGAGGCAUUAAGACAGAGUGGCGGAGAUGUGAAGGGGGCACUGGUGUUGCUGCAGCGUCCUCUGUUGGAGGCCUUUCACAAGCGCAUGUGGAGCGAUGAAAACGAGCCACCCAUCGAUAUUAACAACCCAGACAAACAGCGUGUGUGUCGCAGGCUGCUUGCUGUGUACGAUCUGCCCAGCUGGGGGCGCUGCGAGCUGGUCCUGUCCCUGCUUCGCGACCCUGCUGCCCCUUACACACUGGAGGACGUGGUGCAGGCUGUGAGGGAGUCACAUGAUCGCGACUUCAUACGUCGUGUUCUGGCCAAAGAGUGCCCGAUCUGCCUGUCCGUCUUUCCCCACAGCAAGAUGCAGUCGCUGACAUCGUGUCAGUGCUCCGUCUGCAGUGGCUGCUUUAAGCAGCACUUCACCAUCGCCGUCCGGGAUAAACACAUCCGAGACAUGGUGUGUCCAGUGUGCUGGGAGCCCGACAUCAACAACCCCGAGCACCUUAACAGCUACUUCUCCACGCUGGAUAUUCAGCUGAGAGAGUGCGUGGAGCCAGAGGUGUACGAGCUCUUCCACAAAAAGCUGACUGAACAGGCUCUCAUUAAAGACCCAAAGUUCCUCUGGUGCAGCCAUUGCUCAUAUGGUUUCAUCUAUGAUGGUGAUCAGCUCAAGGUCACUUGUCUGCAAUGCAGGAACAGCUUCUGCGCUCAGUGUAAGAAACCUUGGGAAGCUCAACACAAUGGCUUGUCCUGUGAGCAGUUCCAGUUGUGGAAGCGAGAGAAUGACCCUGAGUAUCAGCGGCAGGGCCUGGCGGGAUACCUGCGCGACAAUGGCAUCACCUGUCCAAACUGUAGGUUCCAGUACGCUCUGGCCCGUGGGGGCUGUAUGCACUUCAGCUGCUCUCAGUGCCGCUAUCAGUUCUGCAGUGGCUGCAACAAUCCCUUCCACACAACGUGUGCAGUGGCCCAGUGCAGUGUGACGGGUCUCCAUGCCCAUCACCCCAGAGACUGCCUCUUCUACCUCAGAGACUGGGAGCCUGCCAGACUCCAGGCUUUACUGCAGAAAAAUGGUGUGGCCUAUAACACUGACACUGCUCCAGGAACACAAACAGGUGUGUGUGGUGUGAUUGAGCAGAAGGAUGAAGGUCCUCGCCAGACAGACUCUGCGUGUGGAGCUCAAACCCAGCCUGGCCAGGCAGGACUUUGCGAGAAACACUACCGUGAGUACCUGGUUAGUCUGAUUAACGGCCACUCCAUCGACCCCGCCCCCCUUUUCUCCUCCAAUGAGCUGGUCUUGGCCUGCAAGAGGUACCAGGUGGAUCAUGCACGGGGGGAGGGGGAAGAUGACAGACCGUACUGCAGUCGACUAAUGAAGAAACUAAUGGAGGAUGUACCUUUGGGUGACAAGGUCCCCCGGAAGAAGUGAACAAUGGCUUUACUUGCACCAAUUUUCAACCCAGAUGUUUUUUUUUAUCGUGUAUGUGCCUGCGGAUUGUUGUCCAUGGCUUUUGUACAGUUUUCCUCAUGGACUUGGCUCUUCAUGUUGGAUGCAGAUGGAGGAGCAUCCUUUAAUUUUGUUUUCAGACAAUCUUUAUGUGCACUUUAUGUCUCACGUCUCAGCCGGAAAUGUUGGCUUCAAUCUAUCAGUAAUGAAGGUAUUCUCUCAUUCGUUGUCAAUAAUUUAUUAGACUGAUAUCAUACAUGCUUUUAGUUCUGUCUGGUUCCAGGUGAAUUUUUGGGUUGUGCUUGAUCCAUAAAUGUCUCAAUCCAUAAAUAAGCAGGUGUGUCUGUUUGCAAAUUGGAUUGGGUUAUUUAGAAGCCAUGUUAGUAGUCUGAAAGAAUCGAUCCUGUUGUACGUCUGGCUUUGUUUUAGGAGAGCGGAGCACACAAUUGGUAGUUUCUGGCAGGUUUUAUAUUAUCGUAUCUUUUACAUUAUAAGGCGCACUACCAAAAAAAAACGUCUAUUUUCUGAUCUAUUUUUAUACAUGAGGCGCACCGGAUUAUAAGGUGCAUUUUAUGCGACUCAGUGUCGCUACGUUUUCCUUCUAAUUCAGCAAGUCUCAUCGCGGGGUGGCGAGACCUGUUAUUCUAAGCUAACUUUAGUAAACAAAAAGUUUAUGAGUCAGACGAGCGCUGGAUAUUAAUUUACACAGAUUUAUCUUCUGAAAACUGUUUAUUUGGGUGAGUAAAGUGCUUCUGUUUAUUUACAGUAAGCUUAGAUUUCCACAAAAGCUGGAACAUUAGCAUUAGUGGCUAACAGCGGCAAUGCUAAUGCUGCUCUAGCAGUGCUAGUCAGUGUUAGCAGCAGGCUACAGGCCGAUAAUAAUCCCCUCUUAACGGCCAAAGAGCUAGCGCUUAGUGUGGUUAGCAGCUAACGCUAAUGCUGAUACAGCAUUGCUAUCGGAGGUUAGCAGCAGGCAACAGGCUGAUACUCACCUCUGGAUGGCCAAAGAGCUAGUGCAGUUAGCAGCUAAUGCUAAAACUGCUGGAGAACUACACUAAAAAUCCUGUAUAAAGCUGCACUUCAGCGGAGUGGCUUUACUGCUCCUUACAACUUGACUGGUUAAAUUCAUACAUAAGACACACAUAAGACUGACGUUUUCUUUUUGGAGGGGGGAAUUAAAGGAUUUUAAGUUUGCCUUAUAGUGUGAAAAAUACAGUAUAAAGAUAAUUAGUUAUAAUUAUACAAUUCUUUAACGUGAUCUGCCGAAGAGUGUAAUAGCUGUAUGUGAACUGAUCAAGCAAUGUUACCUUAAGUGAGGACUCAGGAAUACUCAUAUACUGUAUACACUGUGAGGUGUUCUCUUGUGAGUAGUACAGCUAUAAUGAUCAUGACUGGUGGCGUCUGGCUAGAAUUGUCCAUGCCUUCAGAUAAGCAAGCAACUCUGGCAGAAAUAUCAUCCACUCUGGAGGCCACACAUGCAUUUGUUUUUCUGGGACGUGGCAAACGUCUUUGGACACUACUAGUUCCUGUCCCAUGUCUAAUUCAUUCUGAAAAUCACUGUAUAUAGAUCUGGCUGAUAAGUCACUUGCAACUAAUAACAUCACUUAUAAUACUCAUAUAACUCAUAUGGUGCUUUAAAUUAAUGAGACUGUGUAUCUUUGUUUUUUGCAAGUUUCUGUUUGAUUGAUUACUAAGCUGGUUGUAGAAAUCACUGAAUUCAUACUCUAGAUUAUUUUUACCUCGUUUUUACUGUUUUAAAGCAGAUCAUCAAAAACUACUGGCUGACAUACAUGCUGGUGAUAGGUCAUUUUCUAUACAGCUCUGGAAAAGAAAAAGAGAGAUCACUUAAACAUGAUGAGUUUCUUUGAUUUUAACUUUAAAUUGAAAGCCUUUGGAAUAUAAUCAAAAGGAAGAUGGAUGAAUACAAGCCAACAAACCAAAAUGAACUGCUUGAAUUUUUGGACCAGGAGUGGCAUAAAGUUUUCCAAAAGCAGUGUGUAAGACCUGUGAAGGAGAACAUGCCAAGAUGCAUGACAACUGUAAUUAAAAACCAGGGUUAUUCCACCAAGUUUUGAUUUCUGAACUGUUUAAAAAAAAAAAAAAAUCAGAGAAACUGAUUCCGAAACUGAAGUGGUCUAUUAUUUUAUUUCCACAGCUGUAUAAAUUGAAAAUCAUAUUUUUUUUGAAAGGUGAAAAGGUUUUUGGUUGUGCCCAGCUUUCCCUACUAAACACCAACGAUAUCUUAUUACAGUGAGCUGUGUGCUUUCAAUCAGCUUAAAAGAAGACCAGCAUUCAGAAGGAAGCCAAAAGAAACCUGCAUUUUCUUUUUUUGUAUGCAUCGUGCUCUAACAGGACACACUGGACUCUUUGGCUGUUGAAAGUGUGAGAGAGAGAAAACGUGAGCCAGCUGAAGCUUCAUGUGACGCAGGUUGGUAGGAACGUAGAGGUGGAAGAAAAAGUGGCUUGCUAAUAAAACAUCACCUGACUGUACAGCCUCUCACUUUUGAAGGUUGCAUGCUUGCGAGUGUCGCUCUUAUCACUGUAUCAGUCCUCAGAAAUGUGAGGUUUAAAAGAGCACUAUAAAUAAAGUGCAGUUCUUCUUC